UUGCUUGGUCGCAUCUGCUUUGAGGCCGGGCGCUUUCCAGAAGCACACCGGGCGUUUUCGAGCGGCCACCAUAUUGCCCCCCAUCGUGUUCGUGACAUGGACAUAUACUCAACUCUGCUGUGGCACAUGAAACGCGAGGAAUCGCUGGCACAGCUUGCUCACGACAUGAUUUCCAUCGGUCGUACAUGGAGUCCCGAGGCCUGGAUCACGGUUGCCAAUUGCUUUUCGCUCGACGGCGACCGUCAAUCGGCACUGAAGAGCCUUCGGCGCAGUAUCCAGUUUCAGGGUGGGCUUGCGUACGCAUAUACGCUGAGCGGGCACGAGAGCACGGCAAGCGAUGAGCUGGACCAAGCGCAACAGUCGUUCCGGACUGCAGUGCGUGUCGACUCGAGGCACUGCAACGCGUGGCAUGGCCUUGGCACUGCCUAUCUGCGGCUGGGGAAGGUAGAUUUGGCUGAGUACCAUUUCAAGCGGGCCCUGUCGUUGAACAGCCAGAAUCCGCUCCUGCUGCAGAGCGCUGCUGCGGUGUUUGAGGCGCGCAAAGACAACCAGCAAGCGCUAGCGACAUACGAGCGGAUUGAGUGCAUGAUGCAGCCACAAGGCAUACUAGUGGGCGGGCUUGGAUCGCACCACGCGCUGAACUUUGUCAUGUUCAAGCGCGCCCGCAUUCUGAUGAUUCUCGAGCGCUACGACGAAGCGGCGGCAGUCUUCGAGUGUCUCCUCCGCCGGUGCCCACAUGAAUUCAAUGUGCCGUUUUUGCUGGGCCAAACGUACACUCACCUGCGCAGAUACCGCGAGGCUGCUGCCUGCCUUACACGGGCGCUUGAUAUCGCACCAGAGAACGCGCCUAAUGUGCGCGAGCUCUUUGAC